AUGGACUUCCUCAACAUGCUCGCCUUCCUGCUUCUCAGCAGCAUCGUCAGUCUGACAUUCGCCGGUGAUCAUACUACUAUGAGCAUCGUUGCGCCCCCAACCACCGACAUUUCCGGAUGUACCGAGUGGAGCAUUUCGGCUGGGACGCUCGUCCCUGAUUGCUUGACCGCCACAACUACGGUGAUGGUCACCUCAACUGAUAUCCUGACUACCGCGUCUCUGAGGCCAUUUGAUUUCAGCAACGAAACGAGCAUCUCUACGACAGCCAUGACAAGCAGUGCCGCUUCAAUGGUUGAUUCGAGCACGGCGUUGUCUGUGGCCGCAAGCACAAGCGCUCUCGAAGCGUUCACCGCCAGCAGUGCCAGUUCCAUGAUCGGCACAAGCACAAGCGCUCCUACAGCUUCAAUCGCCAGCAGUGUUAGCCCAGCGGUCGACAUAAGCACAGCGCUGACAACCUCUGCGAGCACAACCGUUGGGGCCCUCGAUGACACCCAAAGCGUUCUGGAUAGUAUCACGGCUACUGCAAGCACGACUGGUGCGGCUUUCGGGGAUGUCGAGAGUUCUUUCGGCGAUGUUGCAAGCACUGCCACUACUCCAAGUCCAACUGACGGAGUUUUUGGUGAUCCCACAACCGGUUCCGACGAUGUCGCAAGCACCGCCACUACUCCAAGUCCAACUGGCGAGGUUUCUAGUGACGUCGAGAGUUCUUUCGGCGAUGUUGCAAGCACAGCCACUACUCCAAGUCCAACUAACGGAGUUUUUGACGAUCCCCUGACCGAGUCCGACAGUCUUGCAAGCACUGCCACCGCUACCGACACAUCCAGGAAUGCUCUCGAUGUCCUCGAAAGUGCUUUGAGCACCUUUACAAAGGGCAACGCGACCAUUCCAAGCAUAACUGGGGAUCCUCUCGAUGUCCCUGAAAAUACCCUGGAUGGUUUCACGAGCCCUGCUACGACUACAAGCGAGACAGCGCUGUUUCCAACUCCUGCCCCAUCCUCAACCUCGUGGGUUACAAGCACAUUUUCGAUCCUAUACGUGGCCGAUUCAACGAGCGUUGCCACACCAUCUUGGGCAGCAAAUCUUGCUGUCAGAUCGCUGUCGCCAGUGCUUACCGCUCACGAAUCGGUUGCGUCGUCGAGCGACUCGCCAGAAUCGAUCACAAGGACAGUUUCCGCCACAAAAGCGUCAAAAUCAUUAACUCCUCAGGAGUUUUUGUCGCGUUUGGGCGCUGUUCAUUCAGCUAUUGUUUCAAACACGACUUCCCUUCCGACGUUCACACCUGUGAUCAUUUCGACCACGCUGUCUGGCCCACCUCGGAAUUACAACUCUACAUUGCCGCUUACUGCUUCUGGAACGUUGACUCUCCCAGUGAUAAGUUCUUCGGCAAAUGGAAGUUUUCGAUCGACUACGACCGAUAUGUCGAUGUCAAGCCUGUUCAAUUGCUCGACCAACACUACCGGGAUCACGACGAUGAAGACAACCAAUUUUUAUCGGCCUCCUCCCUUCUCAGAGGCAGCGCCAGCAAUCAUCCAAUCAUCUCAGGCUUCUCCUUCAGUAGAAACCAGCACGAUGAUGAUAACAGUGACGAGCACAAGCACGGUAUUCGUGACCAUGUCGACGAGUAGUGCGAUGAACUUCACGAUGGCAACGACUUCUGCGACCUCUUCCCGGAAAAGCACCUCCACGCUUUCCUUGACAACGACAAGGACCAGCACAGUUUACGUGACAGGUAACGGAACUUCUUCGACUCUGGCAUUGAGCUCUCUUGCUUUCUCCUCUCUGGCACCAGCAUUGAGCUCUCCUGCUUCUUCCUCUCUGGCACCAGCAUUGAGCUCUCCUACUUCCUCCUCCCUGGCACCGACAUUAAGCUUUGCAACUUCUCCGGUCUUAGCCACGACGUCGAGCUCCUCAACUUCUCCAGCCUCGGCCACGACAUUGAGCUCCUCAAUUCCUCCAGCCUUACCCACGACGUCGAGCACGCUGUCUCCCUCCUUGGCCCCGACAUCGAGCUCUCUUUCUGUCCCAUCCAUGAACAGUACAUCAAGCUCCCCAUCGUCUUCAUCCCUGGCCAUGACAUCAAGCUCCCCAUCCACCCAAUCCCCACCCAUCCCAUCAACCUCAACCCCGACAACUGGAUCUCCCUCCCAGAUGAGCAACGAACAAACCCAAAGUCCUAUACCAACGACAUUCAUCACCUCCCCCAUCCUGCCUACAAGCUCUGUCCCUGCGCUUGAAGCAACCGUUGGAAUCAGUGAUGGAGUAGGUGAAAGUUCCUCAGCUUCUGUGCCGGCCACGUCGGCUUCUGUUGGGGAUAUUGAACCUCCGGUUCCUCUGAACCGCAGCGUCUAG